ACUACAGGAACUUAUGCUCCUGUUAAGGAAGCAUCAGGAAGAGCUGGGUUUCUGGUGAGGCUGGAUCCAGGGCGGUUUCUGGAAGCGAGAAGGGAGGAUCCUUAACUUUCCCCCGGAGGCGAGCUUUCGCUUUUUCCUUUCCAAUUUUACCACACUUUUUUUUUUUUGUUUUUGAAUUUUUAAGACUUUACCUUGAGUUCAAUAAGAAAAGAAGCACACAGAGGGCAGCGGCCUGGAGUCACGUGCUCCAGUGAUGGGUACUGUGGACAUGGACAGCUUUCUCUGAGCCCUGAUUCUGCGGGAAGAUGAGGGGGCUUGAUUAAGAUCAUCUUUACAGGUUUCCUAAUAAGUUUUAUAACUCUGGCUUCUAAAUUUUUAUAGUGUCAUCUGUGCCCUUAGCCCUGCACUGGUAAGUCCAACUUUAAAAUUUUAAUAAUGGUAAUUCAAAACAUAUGACCUUGAGCUUCAUUACAAGCUGUUGGAAGCAUUUUCCAAGCUCAGCAAUUGUGUAAAGAAUUUAAAGUAACAUUUACACACUACCCAGACAACCACACGUCUUCCCCACCCUCUGAGCCAACAAUAAAUGUUCUGUCUUUUGUGCCCCCAUAAUCCUUUGCACUCACUUUAAUCAUGGUGUUUUCUCCACUGUAGUACUUGUUUUUGUAAUUGGCCUGUAACUGCAUAUGUUUAUGCAACAGAACAUUUCUGUGUACGUUGUGUGAGCUGGGCAGAGGGUGGUGCCCUGAGGACAGGCAGUUAAGUUACCGUCUCUUUCUUCCGAAUCAGGAGCUGCCUGCUACUCUUGCUGCCCUGCUGCAGUGCAAAGCCUAGUGUCGGGAGGGUGGGGUAUCCCGUGCCCCGACGGUGUGGCGGCUCUUAGCACAGGCUCUGGAAUCCCAUUUCUAACCGAAUGAACCGUGAUACUCCAGCUCUGUAAACCUUGGUUUCUUCCCCUGUAGUCGUGGCUAAUAAUGAUAGGUUAUCAUAUUAUCACAGGGCUCUUUUUAGGAUUAAAGGAACCAGCGUGUGUAAAAUAGCUCGGUGCCUGUCGCAUUUUGCAUAUUAGUCAUUAUUCUUUUGAUCCCUACUUGUUUGUGGUGAUGAUGUCCUACCGUUCUCUCUGAGCGUACCUGGAUUACAACAUCUCAUGAAGACGUAUCCUUUGGACCCAUCCAUGAGCCUGCUGUAGGUGAGGACAUGGAAGAACGCUAGGACUCCAAAGCUUAAUGAUGAAGGUUAAGGGCCAUAGUAUCAGACUAUCAGGUUAGGAGAGGUGGACCUGUGUGUGUGGGGGUCUUGGACUCCUCCCAACGCCCAGCCGUCUAGGGCAGAGGCUGACUUGUGUGUGCCUGAGUGGGUAAGAAAUGAGCCCAGAGGAAGACCAGCUGGGAUCACGUACUAGAGCCUGUUUGGACCCCACGUGCUUCUGGUCUUCACAAGAAGGAAGAGCCUUCCCCAGACGGAGCAGGUCCUCCAGAGGAGCGCAAAGUGUGGGCACAGAGGUCAGAGGUCCGGUGGAAGGACGGCUCCCAGCUAGGAGCUGCAGGUGUGCAGGGGGGCUGUGCGCUCACCUGGCACCUGGGUCCACAGAGCCAGCAGAGGAGGAGCCAGAGCUCUUGUGCUCCCCCGGGUGGUGGUCCCGAUGCUUCAGGGCACUGCAGAGGGAGAGCUCUGGGGAGAGGAAGAAUUGUACAUUUAAGUGCCUCCUUUUUAAGUGUUCAUGGAUUUUCUGAUAAGGAGGAAACGUCAAAUACUUAAGAAAAAAAUUUCCUGUUCACCCUAACAACACAAAAAUUCUGCCUGAUUUUGUGUAUUGCCUUUUAGUCUGUGUUCACAUAUAACUUUUAGAAUGUAGAAGCUGUCCACCAGGAGUAUUUCCAAACCCACUGUGAAAACUACAUUGGGCUAUGAGUGCUGGGAGAAACUGACUGAAAGUAGUUUUAAAGAUAAAAACAACAGUCAUGGUUUUUAAUCUCCCUCCCCCAGAGAAGGGCGGGAGCUAGUGUGUGUGCCCCCCCACUCCGAGAUCAGCCCUGCACGACCCCUUGGUCCCAGCAAUCCCAGGAGCUUUGUCCCUUCACCUGCAUUGUAUUCUCGGGGACACUGAGGCUUGGGGUCACACAGGCCGUAAGUGGGAAUGGCGGGAUUUGAAUUCUACUCUGAGUCCAGAGCGACCCCUUAAGGUGCCGGGGGUUGUUUUCACCUGAGGACACUGUACAAAGCAAGCAACCGAGAAGAGAGAGGCCCUGAGCAAGUGCAGAGUGGAGAUGCUUCGGGUGUCAUGGAAACAGUUUUUAAAAUAUCAUUUAAUGUUUGACUGCAAAGUAGUGCAUAUUAAUCAUGAGAAAUGUUAAAAAUGAAAACAAACCACGAAGAAGUAAAGGAAAAGCCGCUAUGAUCCCACCACCCAAAGUGACUUGACUGUUGAUAAGAGAGUGAACGUGGACAUCAUUUCCAUUCCUCUAAAAAUUAUCCAGAAAAGCAUGGUGAUAGCACAUAUCCACGUCAUAGACUUUGAUGAUGAGAAUAACAUUAUAAAUAAAAAUGUGCUUCUCCAUCAAGCGGGUGAGAUCUGGCACAUUAGUGCCAGCCCUGCAGACAAGGGAGUGCUGGCCACCUGCUACAACAAGACUGCAGAUGGCAAAGUCGUGACGUGCGCCGCGGUGUGGAGGAUGCCAGCGGAGCUGGAGCCGGGCGGCCACGAGUCCCCGGAGGAUGCAGCGAGCCCUGCACACGCCCUGGAGCUGCUCUGUCACCUGGGCCCCGCGGCCCACGGCAGCACCGCCUGUGUCGCGUGGGAGCCCGCGGGAGACGGGAAGAGAGUCAUCUCAUUGGCUGACAACCACAUCCUGCUGUGGGAUUUGCAGGAAAGCUCCAGCCAGGCUGUGCUGGCCAGUUCGGCGUCCCUGGAAGGGAAGGGACAGCUGAAGUUCACGACGGGGCGGUGGAGCCCGCAUCACAACUGCACCCAGGUGGCCACGGCGAACGACACGGCUGUCCGAGGGUGGGACACGCGGACCAUGAGCCAAAUCUACUGCAUUGAGAGUGCACACGGCCAGCUGGUGCGGGACCUGGACUUCAACCCCAACAAGCAGUACUACCUGGCCAGCUGCGGGGACGACUGCAGGGUGAAGUUCUGGGACACCCGCAACGUCACCGAGCCCGUCAAGACGCUGGAGGAGCACUCCCACUGGGUGUGGGGCGUCCGAUACAACCACUCGCACGACCAGCUCGUCCUCACGGGCAGCAGUGACAGCAGGGUCAUCCUUUCCAACAUGGUGUCCAUCUCCUCCGAGCCCUUCGGCCACCUGGUGGACGACGACGACCUGAGCGAGCAGGAGGAGAGGAGCCAGGAGCCUCCCCAGGACAGCGUCAUUGCCACCUAUGAGGAGCACGAGGACAGCGUGUACGCCGUGGACUGGUCCUCAGCCGACCCCUGGCUCUUUGCCUCCCUGAGCUAUGACGGGAGGCUGGUCAUCAACAGGGUACCCCGGGCGCUGAAGUACCACAUACUGCUCUGACCCGCCAGGCCGUCCUUGGGCGGCUUCCCAGCCGCGGGCAGCCGUGUGGCGGGCGUUGGCUUUCCAGGCGGAGCCCCGUCUGGGAGAGCCAGCAUCACUCUGCUCUGAUGCGAGCACCUGUGAAUAGUGACGGAGCAUCUGCCAGCCGACCACUGGCACCUGAAGUCUCCCCUUGCCGGAAGCGAAAACACCGUCCCCAGACUGAGCUGGGGCUCCGCGGGCUGGCCUCUGCCUGGUCACUGCCUACUUCCUCUUCUCGCUUUUAAGGCUGUCGGGAGUCUCUCUGUAAUUUGCUUCCAUAAUGUUGACUCAUCUUUCUCUCAAGAUUAAAAACGAAAUAAAAGGAGCAGGGCCACGCUGCAUGGGCUCCAGCUCUUUCUUCAGGAGCUCUGCCCCCGGUAUGGCCCCAUCACCCGGUCUCUGUUCAUUUUCUCCGUGUUGGCCCAGAAAAAAAGGCAGAUGGGCCUCCCGUGCUUCGUCCUGGGCUUGACCUGCCCAUGCUCGGGCCUGGCCUGGGGGAGCCCUGACGCUGUCAGUGACCAGGGGUCUCCUGCCGGCCUUGUGCCCCAUCCCCGGGCAUGGUGCCCCACUGGGUCCUGUUCCUUUACUCUGAUGGCAUCCUCAUCGCCUGGAGGUCACAUGCGUGUUCCCGGGUCAUGCAGCACGCUUACCUGUUGAAACCCCACGUUGUCAGGUGAUCCUGAAACUCUGAGCACGGGACUCUUGCCUAUUCCUUCUCCCGUGGGUCCAGGGGUCUGUUCUGGGCGUGGCCUCACCUGCCCAGGUGUCGCGUCUGUACCGAGAUGGCUGUCAGGCGUAGUCCUUUUUUCACAACGGGCUUCAGCUUGAGAAUGGACUCGUUCUAAACGCUGAAGCCAUCUGUCGUCCCCGGAGUGUCUGUGUGGUGGUUUCUAGCUGCACUGUGAGCCCAGAGAGGCAUGUCUGGGUUUUGUUUCUUUUUUUCAGGGGUAAGAGUUUGUGGGCAGAGUGGGGACCGUGGGUGAGUGGAGGACAGACGGGGCUGUGGUGGAGGGGCAGGCAGGGGGUGGUGGUGUUUAAGGCCCUUCAGCAUUUCUGCUUCCAGGGAAGACCUGCGUUUGUGAGGAGUGCAAAAAAGCUCUAAUGAAAGUCCUCAACAAACAGGUGUUUGUUGAGCGCCUCCUGUGUGCCAGGCGCCGUGUAAGAUGCUCCAGCUCUGCAGCGACCGAGGCAAAGCUCUGGGCUCACGUGGGGUCUGCAGUCCUGCAGGAACUAUCGGCUGCUGUAAAUCUUUGUGUAUGGGUGUUUGUGUAAACAGAAGUUUUCAUUUUCCAGGGCAGGCGUUGGCAAACUAUAGCCUGAGGUCAUGGGGGCCAAAUCCCUGCCACCACCUGUUUCUGUCAAUAAAGUUUUAUUGGCACGCAGCACCGCCCUUACUCACGUGCUUCGGCACACGUGCAGCAGUGGCCAGGCAACCUCAGCGCCUAAAAUCUUUGCUGUCUGACCCUUUACAAAAAAGUUUGCAGCCCCUGCCGCAGGGUCAGCUCUGACCAGUGUGAGCACUGCGUUCUAUGGGAGGAAACUGCUGCACUGCUUCCCGAGGGGCCGCGGGCGGGUGCUCAGCUUUCUCAGCUGCCCACGGGCAUGGGGUGCUGUCAUUUGUGCUUCCCUGCAGCGAUGCGGAACGGCUUUCCGCGCACUUAACUCACCAUCUACCCGCGUGUCCUCUUUGGUGGAGCCCGUUUUUAAAGUUACAUCGAUUGUUGAUUAUUGUGUUUAAGUCCAUUAGGUUUAGAACGUUCUUUACAUAUUUUGGAUAAAAGUCCUUGGCCAGCUGUGUAAUUUGCAAAUAUUUUCUCCCAGUUUUUAUCUUCUCUUUUUCAUCCUUUUAGCAGCGUCUCUGCAGAGCAAAAGUCUUGAGUUUCGUUGAAGUCCCACUUACCCAACUUUUUUUUUUUUUAUAGAUUGAAAUAUUGGAAUCAAAUCCAAUGUUAGGAAGGUUUUCUCCAAUGUUUCUUCUAAAAGUUGUAGUUUCACAGUUUAUAUUUGGAGCUAUGAUCUAUUUUGAGUUUUUUAAAUAAGGUGUGAGGUUUUGGUUGUGGGUUUUUUUUUUUCUUAUAGAUAUCCAAGUAUUCCAGCACCAUUCGUUAAAGACCGUAGUUCCUGCAUUGAAUUGCUUUUGCUCCUUUGUCAAAAGUCAGUUGGCCCUACUUGUGCAGGCCUAUUUCUGGACCGUCCUGUUCUGCUAAGCUGUGUGUCUAUCACUGAGGAGUUCCUGAACAACUUUAUGGGGUGCUUUCACGAGCUCCUCCCGCUCUUGAGAUCUUUCUGGUGCUUUCCUUUUUACACAUCAGACUGCGGCUUUGUUCCCCCUGUUCUGCUGCACCGUCUCCAUGCCGGAGCCGCCCGGCCAGCGGUGGGAAAACAGAGAGAGGGAGCAGGGUCCCCUCCCGGGACAUAGCCUCCGGGCAGUUGGAGAGGAGGCGUCCCUCCCCCAGUCCGAGGCUUCUGCAGACUGUCCCACUGCCGCACAAAAAUCGCCCGGGAGGCUGGGAUGCCAGAGAACAAGCCUCCGUUUUCCUAAAAUGACAGGAGAGAGCUGUUCAUAAGCCCUGUCCGCGUGUGGCUGCGUUUUUGGAGAGGCUCCUCCAUCUUAUCAGGGACCGGAACUCCCUGCAACUUAACUUAAUGUGUCCCUGUGGAGACGCAGAUGCAGAACAGCGAGAGAGCCAGCCUGGGGUGCAGACGUGCCGGUGACGCUGGCUGGGCUGGUGCAGAGAUGCUGGCAGGUGGUUGGUUUCUGGAUGGAUUGGCAGAUGGAGCUGUCGAGUUUACUGACAGAUUAGAGUAGGUGUGAGGCCGAGAGAGGAACCAGGGAGGGCCCAGGGGGUUGGUCUGAGCAACUAGGACGGUGACCGAGACAGGAAGGACCAGAGGAGGAGGCUGGGGGGUGGGACGGGAAGAUGAGCAGCCGGGUUUGGGCUGUUGAGUUUGAGAUGCCUGUGAAGUGGUCAAGUGGCCCAGCCAACCAGAUGCUUGGAGACAUGAGACGGCUGGGGUGGGGUCCAGGCCAGGCGAGCGGAGGUGGGAGUCUGUGUUCCUGGUGCAGACGGGUGUGCGGAGCUCUGGGCCAACGGCGUCCCUGGAGAGAAGACCAGAGGCCGAGCCCCAGCGUGAGGUUGGGCGCAGGGGAUCCAGCCAAGGGGAGGGAAGAGGCCGCCGGGAGCUGGGAGGGCCCGGUGUGUGGGGUGUUCUGGAAGCUGGCGAGCCCGUCUGCUUUGUCAGUGUCGCUGUGGGGUGUCAGGUGGGCUGAGAGCCCAUUGGCCUGGCAGCAUGGGGGUCACUGGGGAACCUGACACGGCAGCUGUCACGGGAAGCAGGUGGAGUGGGUUCAAGAGAGAAUGGGGAGGAAUAAGCCGGCAGAUGUGUCGGCAGCCUGCGAACGGUCCCGCAGCAGGCAGGGGCCAGCAGGGCUGCUGUCCGCUUCGAGAAUGGGGACAGCUCCGUGUUUAAACGCUGGUCGUUUGCAGGACGAGAGGGGAGAGUGAUCGGGCUGCGGGAAGCGGUGAUGCCAGGGCACCAAGCCCCAGACCCAGGGCUGCUGCUCUCACACCCACGGCCAUCACAUCAUCCAGUGGGUCCCCUGUGAGUCGGUGCAGAUAACAGUCGUGUUCUAAAAUGUGCACACUUUCAAAUACGUGACACGGUCCACCUUGCUGACGUCUUUGUGAGGUAAACAUAGCCAUCUCUGGGUGCAGGGAUUCAGCUGGGAGUGGACGGGCCUGUGGUGCUCUGCUGGAGCCUGGGGCAGCCCUGGUCCCUGGUCGCCUCCCCGUCCACACGGAUCUUGUGGGCUCCCCUUCUUCACCGUAUGCAGCCUGAUGGCCUUCGUGUCCGGGACCAGACAGAAGGGUGUGGCAGAUGUGACGAUGCAGAGGGAAUGUUUGCAUUUUUUUUUUAAAUGUACACAUUUGGAUUUAUCAAAUUUAAUUUUUUUGUUUUGUCUUUUUACUAUACAAAAAUUUAUUGCAUUUAGUCAAAUGUGUCUUAUCCUUCUUAAAUUUUAUUGGAGUAUAAUUGAUUUACAAUGUUGUGUUAGUUUCAGGUGUACACCAAAGUAAUUCAAUUAUACAUAUAC